CGGGACCGGCAGCGGCUCCGGGGAGAGCGGCGCCGCCGCCAUGAUCUGCCUGGUGCUGGCCGUGUUCGCCAGCGUCCUGCACUGCGCCCGUCCCGGUGCCUCGGAGCGCACCUUCGUGGCCAUCAAGCCGGACGGCGUGCAGCGGCAGCUGGUCGGGGAGAUCAUCCGGCGGUUCGAGAGGAAGGGCUUCAGGCUGCUGGGGCUGAAGCUGCUGCAGGCCUCGGAGGAGCUGCUGAAGGAGCACUACAUCGCCCUGCGGGACCGGCCCUUCUACGGGCGGCUGGUGAAGUACAUGAGCUCGGGGCCCGUGGUCGCCAUGGUCUGGCAGGGCCUGGAUGUGGUCAAGAUGGCUCGGAUGAUGAUCGGGGAGACUAACCCAGCUGAAUCCCUGCCCGGCACCAUCCGAGGAGACUUCUGCAUCGAUGUUGGGAGGAAUGUGAUUCACGGCAGCGACUCGGUCGAGAGUGCCCGGCAGGAGAUCUCCCUCUGGUUUCGCCCCGAGGAGCUGAUGUGCUGGGAGGACGCAGCCGAGCGCUGGAUCUAUGAGUGAUGAGAGAGCCCGAGGGAAGCGUGGGUCUUCCUCACUCGGGCACAGGACGUUUCCAUCUGUUUCAUUCUGGCCCUGGGGCUGACUGGGGGCUCUGCUGUGGUGUCGUUGUGGGGUUUUCUCUUGUGUGUGUGGAGGGUUCCGGGAGCUGCUCUCUGACUGGAACUCAGUACUUCAGCUGACUGAAAUAGUAGCUUUUUUUUUUUUUUUUUUUCCUCCCAUCUGCUGUAGUAAGCGGUUAGUGUAGCUGCUCUGCUUGCUACGGCAUCCUAAAAUCCCAGGCUCAAAGUGAUUUACUGAUGGAAAGCAAAAGCUGGGCCCUGUUCCUGUCACUGCCUGGCGCAGGACGUGUGCUCCUGACCACAGGGAGAGGUGUGAUCCCUGUCCUCACCUGCAUCCGUGAGGUUCCCCAGCACAGGGUUUUAAAGAACUGAGCUGCUAUGGGAUCAGUGCAGGGACUGGUGACCAAGGCUGAUCCAGCUCGGUGACCCUCCUCAUUUCAUGUGUCCCCCACCUGCAGGGCAUAGGUGGCCUCUGGAGGAGGAAGAGGCUCCGAGGACUCAGCCAGGCUCCUGCUGUGAGUGGCUGGAGGCUUCCUGCGACGGCAGGACCUGCUGCAGGAGAGCCUCAGAGCCACCCGUGUGAAUGCAUUCCUCUGUCCUGUGCUCCUGGGUCCCGUCUUUUCUCACUGUUCCUUUUGAUUUCACACCACCACCUGUUUCUUUACGCUCUGAGCCCCCUGAGCCUCCUGCUGGAGUGUAGGGGCAGGGACAGUGGUGGGGUGUUCUGCUGUGGAACAGCCGUGGUGAAACCUGAAGGAGUGAGGUUCCCAGGGCUUUGCUGCGUGUGGGCUGAGACGUUCUGAGCUGCCUGACUGCAGCACGCAGCAUUUCUGGCAGAGCUCCUCCUGCCUUCAGGGCCUCCUCCAAGCAGUAGGUCACAGCUCUAAACAUCUGAGAGAUUGUUUGUUCCCAAACAUCAUCCAUGUUUUUUUUUUUUUUUUUUUUUUUUUAAAUAAUAAACUCCGGAGAAUCCC